AUGGACCGUCCGGCAGAGACAGUACAGGGGUCGCAGACGGAGACCGUUGUGCGCCCCGUUUUGAAGUUACGCGCUGAUCAGAAGGCAAAACAGGAGCAGAAGAGCGGGUCUACUGCGGCACGGCACAACGUCAAAUGGGAGCAGGACGUUGUAGAUAACGAGCACCUCGACAGGAAGAAGACGAAGAUAUGCUGUAUUUACCACCCUCAGGACGAGGACGAGUGUGUCGGGCACAAUCACGAGGAGCAUGAGCACGAGGAGGGGUCAAGUUCCUCCGAUUCUUCAAGUGAGUCCGACAACGAUGAGGGGUUGAACAAGAACCAGAGGAGGCAGCGCCGGAUUGCUCGUAGGAAGGAGAAGUUGCAAGCUGCGGAUGCAGAGCCCAACGCUUACGAAGUACAACCGGAUUACAAGCAUAUUCAGAUUCAAAGGCGUUUGUAG